AUGAGUGCAGCCGGCCCCUCUACCGUCUCUCCGUCGGCGUCGCACCUCGGUGCGGACCCCAAGAUCGUGCGUCGCCUCUCCUCGGUCUCGAACAUCAUCUUGGUCCUCUCUGGCAAGGGCGGGGUGGGCAAGUCUUCCGUAUCUGCACAGCUGGCGCUCUCACUUUCCUCGUCCACGCACUCUUCCGGGCGUCCGAUCCGCGUGGGGAUCCUGGAUAUCGACCUUACCGGACCGUCGAUCCCCCGCAUGCUCGGGUUGGACGGCGCUACGGUGAAACAAAGCACGGACGGCUGGGUGCCCGUGUACACCGACACCACGCAAUCCCUCGCGGUCAUGUCGGUCGGCUUCCUGCUCCGCUCUCGCAACGAUAGUGUCGUCUGGAGGGGGCCCAAGAAGAAUGCCAUGAUCAAGCAGUUCCUUGGCGACGUCCGAUGGGGUCAACUCGACUACUUGAUCAUCGACACGCCACCAGGGACCAGCGACGAGCACAUUAGCAUCCUCGAGUAUCUCCGAACGUUCAACCCCGCAGCCGUGAUGGUCACCACCCCUCAAGCCGUCUCCCUCGCGGACAACCUGAGGAGUCUCGACUUUUGCAGGAAAACAAGCCUACCUCUGCUAGGGCUGGUGGAGAACAUGUCCGGCUACAUCUGCCCGCAUUGCAAGGACUGUACCAACGUCUGGGGCAAAGGUGGCGGCGAAGCGCUCGCCAAACGCGAAGGUUUGCACUUCUUGGGUAGGAUACCCAUCGAUCCUGGCCUGGUGCGUGUGUUGGACGAUGCAAAGGAGGAUGCACAACAGAUCGUCAGCCAGCUCGGCGAGACAAGUCUCGAGGAUGGCGCGAUACACAAGCCUCUGACCGAGAAUGGCGAGCUGACGGCGGGGGAGAAGGAUGAUACCCCAGCAGGGACCGUGUUGUCGAGAACAACCAUUCAGAGGUACAAGGACAGUUUGACCUUCCCCAUCUUUCAGGAGAUCACGGAUCAGAUUCGCGAGCUCGCGGAGCAACAUAAGGCGGGAUCAGCGAACAGCGCCGGUUCCUCGUGA